UUUUUAAUAGAAUCGUUCAUCAUGUCACGUCUAAUUUUUGGUAUUUCCAUUAUUUUUGCGAUUUUUAUUAUAGCUGUCAAGUCACAAAAUUGCGGACCAACGCCUCAAGUUCUUCCAGAAACGUGCUGUUCUAUUCCGCAAUUCUUCGAUGACACAGACUUAAUAAAGUGUAAAACUGCUCGUACAUCAAGAGCUAAGAGAUUUGCGACAUCACGAAUGGAAUUAGGGACUUGUUAUCUAGAUUGUGUUUUCGAAACGACCAACAUUACUUUUUCAGGUGGACGAGUCUUGAACACUCAUGUUUUAUUGAAAAUAUUGUUGAAGGAAACACCAAAUGAGCCCCAAGCGACACAAGUCAUCACAAAUGCUGUCAGUCAGUGUAUUAAUGAUUUAAAUACUGGUGUUUUGAAAAUCAGAAAUCCAACUGUCAGCAAUUGUUCGACGAUACCAUCAGCAAUAAUGAUUUGUAUUCACAAAAACUUCUUCAUGAAUUGUCCAACAAAUCGAUUCUUUAAUUCACUUCCAUGUAUGCAGCUAAAAGAUUAUCUAAAGCGAUGUCCGAUUGGCAUUUAGUUAAAUUUUAUUUGUGUACAAAUAGUCUUUUUUUUUUAUUUAUGGAUGGACAAUACAGCAAAAUUAAUGAUACAAAUAAUGAAAUACCUCAUUGACUUAAAAUAAAGAUAUAAUCAAAUAGAACAUACAAAACAUAACAUAAUAUUGACUCGUUUAUUCCUCUCGUCGCGUCAUUUUAAAUUUCAAGUCACCAUCAGGCGCAUACAUGAAAGUGAUGGCAUAUUUGAGUGGUGCAUAGUUAUAUUCCAGUUUAUAAUUUCUGAUGAGUUUGGCAAGUAAAAUUUGCAUUUCUAAAUCAGCAAAGCGUCUUCCUAAACACAUC